AUGGCGGGUGCGCUGGACGGGGGCGCGUCUGGGCUGCCCCCGGCCGCCUCCCGCGCCUGCUGGGCCCGCCGUGAUCCGCGCCUCGCGCGCGCCUUCCGUGCCGCCUGCGCGCAACGCCCGCCUGCCGCGCCCGGGGCUGCGCUGCGCGGGGCCCUGUCCGCGCUGUGGCGGCGUCGUGCCGCCUGCACCGACCCCGUGCCGCCGGGACCGCAACGCCGCCGCCGCCGGGGCUGGACGCUGCCAGGAACGCUGUGGUGCGGCGCGGGGAACUCGGCGGGGAACUGGAGCGAGCUGGGGCUCUUCCGCGGCCCCGACCGGUGCUGUCGGGAGCAUGACCAGUGCUGGGCGCAGAUCACGGCGCUGCAGUUCAAUUACGGCAUCCGCAACUAUCGCCUACACACCGUGUCCCACUGCGAUUGCGACAACAGGUUCCGGCAGUGCCUGCUCGCCAUCAACGACACCGUUUCCAACAUCAUCGGCGUCACAUUCUUCAACCUGUUGGAGGUGCCGUGCUUUGUGCUGGAAGAGAGCGAGGAGUGCAUCCAGUGGCGCUGGUGGGGCGGGUGAGUUCCCGGGGGUGCCCCGGCCCUCAGCGUUUCCU